AUGUCCAAGUCUUCAACAGCACCAAAAAUGUCAUCCCAAGAGGAAAUAUUGAGCGAUGGACGGUUUAGCUGUGUUACUAGGGAUCCCAGAUUUUGGGAGAUGCCAGAAAAAAAACGUAAAAUCAAGAUUGACAAGCGAUUCCGAGCUAUGUUUCAUGACAAGAAGUUUAAGCUGAAAUACACUGUGGAUAAAAGAGGUCGCCCUGUUAACUAUACUUCUACAGAGGACCUCAGGAAAUUUUAUGCGCUGUCAGAAUCUGACUCUGAUCUUUCAGAAGAUGAUAAUAAAGAACAUACCAAAAAGAAAAAAAAGAAAAAAAAAGCUAAACCUAAAGGAGAAGCAGAUUCUGUGAAACUACUUGCUGACAGUCUCUCUAGGGAGAAGAGCAAAAUAAACAAACACGAGGUGGACCAAACCUGUGAAGCAAUGACAAAACUAGAUGACCUUAAAAAUGAAGGACAAAAAAUUACAUCGAAUUUCAACUUGAAAGAAGACUCUAAGAAAACUGCAACGGAAGUUGAUGACUCUCGGGGAAACAAGGGACUUUUAAACAAAGGGAAAAACAAGAGAGGAGAUGCAUCAGGAGGAAGAUCAAUUUCAAUUCAAAACAAGCAAAAGGCUUCACAAUCAAGUGGUACUAAAUCAGUUAAAACUCCCAGAAGGGAUGUUUCCCAAGGAGGAAAAAUAAAAGAAUCAGUGACUGUAUGCACAGACACCCAUAAUCAACGUGACAUCAAUAAAAGCCAGUUAGAGGAAGAAAUUUCUGCAAGUGAUGAUUCUGAGUAUGCAGAAUCGGCAGAGGGGCCAGAAGAUAAUGAGACAGGCGAGGAAGAGGAGCCAGAAGAAGGUGGGGAAACAGGCGAAGAAGACAAUGAUUCAGAAGAUGAUGAAGAAAGCGACAGUGGGCCUGAUCUAGCUAGAGGCAUUGGGAACAUUGAAACAAGCUCAGAGGAUGAUGAGGAUUUAAAUGACCUGUUUCCAAAGGAGCCAGAGAUAGAGCAUUCAUGGCGUGAGCUAGAUAAAGAUGCCCCUCGUGGAGAUGAGAUUACAAGUAGAUUAGCAGUGUGUAAUAUGGAUUGGGAUAGGUUGAAGGCUAAGGAUUUGCUGGCUCUAUUUAAUUCUUUCACACCCAAAGGAGGAACGGUAUUUUCUGUUAAGAUUUAUCCUUCGGAAUUUGGAAAAGAGCGAUUGAAAGAGGAAGAACAAAAAGGGCCUGUAGAACUAUUUGAUCUUCCAGAGAAUACCACAGAGAAUGACGGGCUUUAUAGGGAAAAACUGAGAGAGUAUCAAUUUAAGCGACUGAAAUACUUCUAUGCAGUUGUAGAAUGUGAUUCUCCUGAAACAGCCAAUAAAAUUUAUGAAGAAUGUGAUGGACUGGAAUUUGAAAGCAGCUGUUCUUUUAUAGACCUGAGAUUUAUUCCAGAUAACAUUACAUUUGAUGAUAAGCCAAAAGAUGAAGCCUCAGAAGUGAAUGUGGCUGUAUAUAAGCCAAAGUACUUCACAUCUGCUGCUAUGGGAACAUCAAAGGUAGCUAUCACAUGGGACGAGACAGAUCAUGAACGAGUAACAUCACUUAGCAGAACUUUUAACAAAGAGGAACUUCUUGACAUGGAUUUUCAAGCUUAUUUGGCUUCGUCUAGUGAAGAAGAGGAAGAACAGCAGCCAGAUGGUGAUGCAGCUCAUGAAAUGGAAGAUGACAAACCCAGGAAAAGCCAAAAAGAUGAUGAAGAGCAAAUUGCCAAGUACAGAGAGCUGUUGCAAAGCAUCCAAGAAAAAGAGAAAAAACAGGAAGAAAAGGAUAUAGGAAUGGAGAUUAAAUGGGUUCCAGGCCUCAAAGAAACUGCUGAAGAAAUGGUCAAAAACAGGUUGGAAGGAAAGGAUAAUCUAACUCCAUGGCAAAAAUAUCUAGAGAAGAAGAAAGAAAAAAGAAUUCUUAAAAAAAAGAGAAAGGCUACUGCUGAGAGAGAACAGAGUGAAGAUGAACUUCCACCUGAUGUUGAUCUCAAUGACCCAUAUUUUGCCGAAGAACUUGAGAAAACAGGUUUAAAGAAGAAGCCAGAAUCAGUUGAAAGUACCUCAGAAGAUGAAAAUGAAGUUGAAAAACAGAAGGCUGAAAUGGCCCUGCUUAUGAUGGAUGAUGAGGAUGAUAACAGAAAACAUUUUAAUUAUAAAAAGAUCGUAGAACAACAGAAUUUGAGCAAGAAGAAAAAGAAACUCUUAAUGAAAAAGAAAGAAUUACUAGAAGAUGACUUCCAGGUAAAUGUUGCUGACACAAGAUUCCAAGCCAUGUUUACUUCUCCCCUGUUUAAUUUGGAUCCUUCGGAUCCAAAUUUCAAGAAGACAAAAGCAGUAGAAAAGAUCUUGGAAGAGAAAGCUCGCCGAAGAGAAGAAAAGGAGCAAGAUCUUAAGGAGGCAAUCAAGGGGCAGGAGAACAAGAUGGCAAAGAAAGGAGAGGUUGCUAAGAAAGCCAUGGAUCCUGCCUUAUCAAUGCUAAUAAAAUCUGUCAAAAACAAAACCGAAGAGUUUCAAACAAGGAAAAAGCAGAAAUUCAAAUAACUGAACUUUGUUUUUACUCAGACUUUACUUUAGUCUCAGUUCUUUUAAGUGGUAACAUCUCUUGAAAUUACUACAGCCUGCUCUGAUUCCUGUCCACCUAAAAAUUCCUGAAAAGUCACUUAAUUAUGGUGGUGAGUUUUGAAGUAACUAAAAUAAUA